AUGGCACAAUACGGAACCAAACAUGGACACGCGCGCGGGAAGUUGCAGGCAAUGUUUGUCAAUCCUGACGUUGAGGUCGCAGGUGUAUUUGAACCCGAUGCACAACAACGCCAGAAACUUCAAGCUAAUGGGGGGACAUUUGCUGAUGUUCACUGGUUCGCGGAUGCCGCAGAAAUGUUGGACGAUGAGACUAUCGUAGCAAUUGCUUCAGAAGGGAACAAUGUCGAGAGUUUGGAUCAAACGGAGCAGAUUGUAAACGCUGGUAAGCACGUUUGGUACGACAAGCCUGCUGGUGAAAACUGGCAGCAAUGGCAGCGCGUCAUUAACACCGCUCAGGAAAAGUCACUACUUGUACAGAUGGGCUAUAUGUUGCGCUACCACUCUGCCUUUAAACAGGUCGCCGAGUGGGUGAAAUCUGGAUUCUUAGGUGAUGUUUUUUCCGUUCGCGCACACAUGUCGACCAAUAUCUCUCACGAAGCGCGCACGCGCAUCAGCGAACACAUCGGUGGUAUCUUUUUUGAUUUGGGUGGACAUGUACUCGACCAAGUGCUCUGGCUUCUCGGACGACCGGAGAAGGUAACCUCUUUCCUCCGAAACGAUGCCGAUUCAGUCGAGCCUUUCAAAGAUAAUACCCUAACUGUCUAUGAAUUUGGGAAAGCGAUGGCAUUUAUCUCGAUUUCAGCGUUGGAGCCGAGACCGGUUGCGCGUCGAUUUGAAGUCUACGGGACCAAGGGGAGUGCUAUCAUCAUUGAGCCGUUUGAACCCGGAUUGAAGGUUCGACUCUGCUUGGAGGAAGCGAAGGGCGGGUAUUCACAAGGUGAACAGGUUGUCGAGAUAGCAGGUGAAAGCCGUCAACGCACCUAUGAACUUGAGCUCGACGCGUUUUUAGCGACCAUUGCAGGAACACAGCCUCCUGAUCGUCCAAUAUCACACGAACUGUUGGUACAGGAAACCCUCCUACGAGCCACUGGUGUUAUAUCGAGCUGA